UCCCAAUCAGACAGGUAAGGCGGCACUCCGACGGGUUGGGGCGUGACAACCUGAUAUCUCAGACGCCGUACAUUCCAGUAUAUAAGAGUCGCUAGGAGGAAAUGAACCCAUACCUCCACCAGCGCCACCACACUACCACACCCGCCGCCAUGAGGACUGCUGUCUUCCUCGCCGCCGUGGCUAUCGUGGCCGCCGCCCCCGCCACGCCGCCUAAGGAAGAGGAGGUUAAGGAAGAGGAGGAGAAACAGCCCAUCGUGAUCCUGCUGAACGAACGCACGCCGCCCGAGGGAGCCACCUACGCCUUCGCCAUAGAGACGGAGAACGGUAUUUCCUUCAGCGAGGUGGGCGUGCCGGGAAGCAAAGGCCAAGCCAACGUGAAGGGCGUGUACAGAUACCUGAAGGAGGACGGCUCGGUGGCUGAAGUACGCUAUGUGGCCGAUGAGGGAGGUUUCAGGCCCCAGUCAGCUCUCCUUCCCCUGGCCCCGGCCUUCCCUCACCCCAUCCCACUAUUUGUCCAGGAGCAGAUUGCCUUCGCCGCGGAACAAAGACGUUUAAAGGCCCUCCAGAAGCAGAAGGAGGAAGAGGAGGAGGAGCAGGAGAAGGAACAGCCGCAGCAACAGGUGGAAUAGAUCACAGGAGGGUCAGGUGGUCAGGUGGGGUGCGUCUGGACAGGUCACACAGGUUAAGGUUAAGGUCAGGUCAGGUUGAGUUACCUGCUUCAUGUUCUUAGCGACUGAUUAGUUUCCUCAGCGUCUCUGUGUUUAGAAUAGUGUGUCUUCUAUUCCACUCUCAGUAAAUCUGGUUAUCGAAAA